UUAGUUUUAUUGGAAAAUUUAUAUGAAAAAAUAUAAAUAACAAGUAUGCCAAAAAGUGUGUGUAAAAAAUUAAACUGAAAUAUCGCGUUCUAGCUACCAAAUCACAAAAUUUACAAGUAUAGGUACAAAAGCGAAAAGUAGCUGCGGUUGAAAAGAGCUCAACACCACGCCUAAGCGAGGAUGGCUGCAACGGCGGCCGUUUAUAAUCGGCUCCAUAGCACCAGUGGAAGCAUUGGUGGACUCAGCGCGAGCAUGGGCAGCAUGGCACAUUCGCAGCUGGCUCGCUCGCUGGAACGCAUCCUGGAGGAGGCUCACCUAAGCGGCGAGUUAAUACUGACGAAUCGCAAGUUGAAGGACUUUCCGAAAACAGGCACCAAAUACAAUCUCGCGGAUACCGUGAUGGCAGAUUUAUCGCGUAAUCGCUUUUGCGAGCUACCCGAGGAGAUCACCACAUUCUCGUUUCUGGAGACGCUACUGCUCUACCACAAUACCAUACGCAGCAUUCCCGAAUCGGUGAAGCAUCUGACAUCGUUGACAUAUUUGGAUUUGCGCAGCAAUCAGUUGGCGUCGCUGCCGCGCGAGAUCUGCUUUCUGCCGCUGCAAGUGUUGCUGGUUUCCAACAACCGGCUGGCGGCAUUGCCCGACGAGUUGGGGCGCAUGGACCGCCUCACCGAUUUGGAUGCCUCAUACAAUCAGUUGUCAACGCUGCCGGCGCGUAUUGGCGAGCUGCGUUCGUUGCGUUCAUUUUCGCUGCGCAGCAAUCAGUUGAUGUAUUUACCGCGUGAAUUGACCUGCCUAACGCUGGAGUCGUUGGAUGUCAGCAAUAAUCGCAUCGCUAGUCUACCUCUGGAGAUACGCCAAAUGACCGCAUUGGUCGAAUUGAAUCUGGAAAAUAAUCCGCUUACAUCUCCGCCUGCUAGUCUCUGUGUUCGCGGUCUCGUACAUGUCUUUAAAUUUCUCGAAACUCAAGCGGCCAAAGAUGAGAAGGGCUCACGUGCCGGUGGCAACUAUGAUGGUUACACUACAUUGCGACGCGCGCCACGCCAUGCUGGCAAUGGCAGCGUACUCGAAUCGAAUCGUGUGCCGCGACAUCAUGGCGUUGAGUCCGGUUAUAGCACCUGUGAUGGCAUUGAUAAGCGUUGGUCACACGAUAUGCCAAAUGUUAAAUCCAAAUUGGACUCGCCAGCACGUAAAACCCCGACAACACCGCCUCCCUCAUUGAGUUCAGAAUUGAUGGAUGCAUCGCUUACAUCCAGUUCAAGCACAAUUGUUGAUGAGUCAAUAUCGUUGUCAGCUAAUGUCUCGAGCACAGGUAGUGGUGUGGUAGCACCAACGGCGGCUGUUGUGAAGCCACUUAAUGCGACUGAAUCGCCAACGAAACGUAUAGUGGAUACAGUGCAAGUGGCGACAGUGCAAUCAGCACCCGUUACUCCGCAGCACCAGCAUUCGUCGGCGCAGCAACAACACCAACAUAUAAACUAUGCGCAUUCGAAUUCCAGUAAUGGCAGUAAUAAUGGGAGUAAUGGCUCAUCACCGGACCAAGAGGAUGCUAUGAUGGAGCAUUACCAACACAUUGCUGGGGCACAAAAUGGCAGAAACGAUGAGAAGUCCAAUAGGAAUUUGGGGAACAUACAAACCUAUCGCGAAUACAAGGAGGCACUCAAGCAGCAACGCAAUUUGGAAGUAUCGAGUGUUUACAAAAUCAAAAAUAGCCAAAAAAUGUUGUAUGACAUGAGCGAAGCAUCGAAUGCAUUGAA